AUGAAGAUCUAUUCUUUGUAUCUCUAUCAAAAAGGAGCUGAUGGAAAAAUGAAGCUCGUUGAUUCUGCCAAUGAUUUCAACGAUAUUGGAUUUCUUUAUCGCAAGAAUGCCAUCGAAAUUUGUGAUUUUGCCGCCCAACAAAUGGCCGACGGCUCAAAUAUGAACACAUAUAUCACCGCAGAAGAGAACAAGUUCCUCAUCUCUAUGUACCGUAUGAGGCCAAAUGUUGCAAUUCUUAUCGCUGUCGAUAAAGAAUAUCCAUCACGUGCAGCAUUCAACAUUCUUCGCGAAAUUGGAACCGAAUACGAAACAAACCAUUUACAAUUCCCCAAUGGUAAAUCAGCUGUUAUGAAAAAAGCCAUUGUAGAAUAUCAAAACCCAGCUAAUGCGGACAAAAUUAAAAAGAUUCAAGAAAACCUUGAUGAUAUUCAGAAAAUUAUGGUCACAAACCUUGAAGAAGCCAUUGGUCGUGGCCAGAAAAUUAAUGAACUCGCUGAGAAGUCCGAACAUCUUUCAGAAUCAUCUAAGAUGUUCCUUCGUGACUCAAAGAAGCUCAAUAGAUGCUGCGGAUAA